UUAUAAAGAGGGACACACACAAGCGCUCAAACACACUCGAUUUUUUUUCUCCUCUGAGACGGAAAACAGAGUCACAGCCAAGAUGAGACUGUACCUUGCAGUUGCCGUGCUGAUGCUGGCUUUUGUCGCAUACACAGAGGCUCAGGAGGAGACCAUCGAGCAGAAGUUCGUCAAGUUCGGCGAGCAGAUGUCUGAGGUGGGCAAGAGCCUGGCUGAUAGGGCCAAGACUACCUUUGAUCAGAUACAAACCAGCGAGUUUGCAUCCACUACCAAAUCCUGGUUUGAGGAGCAGAUAGAGAAGCUUAAGACCAAGCUUCAGGAAAUCUCCCAGUAGACAGGAAGACAAGAUUUCUGUCUACAACCUACAGUCACCCCUCCACCCCCACCUCUAACAGCUGACCUCUUCACUCGGGCCCUCAUACUGGAACGCUGACUUAUCACACACACAUUGCUCUGCUGACCAGACAAAAUGGUUACAUUGCCUCUCUGUAAAGAGAUGUUUUUUUGUAAUUUGAGUGUUAUCGAAAUAAUGUGAAAAAGUGCAGUAAAGACAAUCAAAAAUAAAAAUGUUUUUUUAUGUAAAUUCUGUGUUAGUUUCAGUAUUUCUUC